AUGAAUAAAUUAAAAUCAUUCAUUGGUAAUUUAUCAACAUCAAUAACAACUGCCGAUGAUUCAUCAUCAUCGUCGAAUCAAAUUCGUCAUCGUCUAUGUAAAGUUAAUGAAUUAGAAAAUGGACAAAUGAAAGAAUUUGAAGUAAAAACACCUGUAGUCGAAGCAACAGUCUUGUUAUUAAAACAAAAUAAUCGUUAUUAUGCACUAUCAUCUAGAUGCACACAUUGUAAAUUGCCACUAGUGAAAGGUGUCUUUGCUAAUGGUCGGUUGCGCUGUUUUGCAUACGGUUCCUGCUACAAGGCCGAAACGGGCGACUUGGAAGAUCAUCCUGGUCACGGUAGUUUACAGAAAUACAAUAUUGAUAUUGUUGAUGAUCAAGUAAUAUUAGUUGCAAGAAAACAAGAUUUAGAAAAAGUUGAAUGUACAAAAAUACCCGAAGAUCUUCAAUGUGAUACAAAAGCAACAGUCUUGAUUGUGGGUGCGGGAGCUGGAGGCUUUACUUGUGGUGACACUUUACGACAAAAUGGUUUUCGUGGAAGAAUUAUUUUAUUCACAAGAGAAGGAUCUUUACCUUACGAUCGUGUAGAACUAUCAAAACAACCAUUGAAAUCACCCAAAGAGUUAUUAUUACGUGAUCAACCUUAUUUUAGAAAAGCUAAAUUAGAAUUAAACUUGGAUACGGAAGUAAAAUCAAUUAGUUUUCAUAGUAAAACUGUUACUUAUCAAACACUUGGUAAACAAUUAAAAUCUGAACAGUAUGAUUAUCUUGUAUUGGCUACGGGAUUACGUCCACGACAGUUAUCUAAGAAUAUCAAUGGACAAGAAUUACGUGGUAUUCAUGUUUUACGAUCGUUAGAAGAUGCUAAUAAUAUUGUUAAUAAAGUUAAACAAGAACAAACAAAAAAUAUUGUAAUUAUUGGGCAAUCAUUUAUUGGAUUAGAGUUAUGUGGAUGGUUAACAACAGGUUUGCCGAAUUUUGAACACAAGAACAAUAACAAUAAAUUAUCAGCAGAAGAACAAAAAUCAGAACAGAAGAAAAAUGUCACAGUUAUCAUGCGAGAAAGUGUACCAAUGAAAAAAAUAUUUGGUGAAAAAGUUGGUCGAGCAUUACAACAUAUUCAUGAAAAAAAUGGUGCACGAUUUAUUUCCUCAGCUGAAAUUCAAGAUUUUACCGGUGAAAGUAAUAUGGUGACUCAUGUUCAUUUGACCACCGGUGAAUCAGUUGCAUGUGAUAUGGCCAUCGUUGCUAUUGGUUCGGAGCCAUGUACAGAAAUAUAUAAGAAUUCUCCAAUUGAAAUGACAGAUGAUAAUUACAUACGUGUCAAUGAUCGUUUGGAAACAUCCGUAGAAAAUGUUAUGGCUGUUGGUGAUAUUACGGAGUAUCCACUGAAAAUAUUUAACUAUGAUCAGGGCAUUCGAUGUCAACAUUGGCAAAUGGCUUGUAGUGAAGGUCACCAUGCUGCUGAUACAAUUCUGCAUAAAUUAGGGUAUAAUUCAUCGAAUCCAAAUCCACAUAAUGAACGGGCACUAAAACAAGAAUUUUAUACAGUUCCCAUUUAUUGGACAACUCAAAAUAAAAACACAAUAAUCCGUUAUUGUGGUUAUACAACAGAUGCCGAUAAUUGCAUUAUUCAUGGUGAUUUAGAUGGUGAAUUUAAAUGGGUUGCCUAUUAUUUAGUUGAUGGUUAUGUACGUGCUUGUGCACAAUCACAAUUGGAUCCAUUAUCAUCGGAAGUAGCUGAAGUUUUUUAUCAAAAACGGAAUAUUCGAAAAGAAGAUAUUGAACAUGAUAUGUAUGGUUAUCGAAAAUAUUUAAAUAUUAAAAUUAAUUCUAAAUAA